CUCCCUCCUCCUCCUGCUCCUUCCUGCCUGGCUCCGCCGUUCCCGUGCCAGUCCCAGUGUUCCGUCCGUCCUGCGCCUCAAACAAAAGCGGGGUCCUGCGAGGAAGGCGGCGGAGGAGUUGCGCCGCCCGAGGGAGGGGCCAGCCACGACGAGGGCCACCCGCCCGCCCGCCUGCUUCGCUGAGGGAAAGUUUGCGCGGCUUCUCCCGUCCAGACUGAGGCGGGUUUGCUGAGGAGGGAUUAAGCGGCGGGUCUCCCAGCGCCACUCUUUCUCUCCCUCACAGACACACACAACAAAAGCGGAAGAGGGAAAAGCGGAGGGAGACUUCUUCUUCGCCUCCGCCUCGUCCUCAGGAGCCCCCCCUGGUCGGGGGCCCCGCGGCGGGCCCAGCAUGGACGACCAGCCCCGGCUGAUGCACUCUCACGCGGCGUCGGCGGUGGUGGGCAUGGCCGGGCACCCGGGCCUGGCGCAGCACUUGCCCGACGGGGCCGGGCCCGCCGAAAGCGAGGGCGGAGGGCGCAAGCAGGACAUCGGAGACAUCCUCCAGCAGAUCAUGACCAUCACCGACCAGAGCCUGGACGAGGCGCAGGCCAGAAAACAUGCUUUAAACUGUCACAGAAUGAAACCAGCACUUUUUAAUGUCUUGUGUGAAAUCAAAGAAAAAACAGUGUUGAGUAUUCGAGGGGCUCAGGAAGAGGAACCAACAGACCCACAGCUCAUGAGACUGGACAACAUGCUCUUAGCAGAAGGGGUAGCAGGACCUGAGAAAGGAGGGGGUUCUGCAGCAGCGGCCGCAGCAGCAGCAGCAUCUGGGGGUGCCGGCUCUGACAAUUCUGUGGAGCACUCUGACUACAGAGCAAAACUUUCUCAGAUUCGACAGAUCUACCACACAGAGUUGGAGAAAUAUGAACAGGCAUGUAAUGAGUUCACUACCCACGUGAUGAACCUGCUGCGAGAGCAGAGUAGGACCCGACCUAUCUCACCCAAGGAGAUAGAGAGGAUGGUGAGCAUCAUCCACCGCAAAUUCAGCUCCAUCCAGAUGCAACUGAAACAAAGCACAUGUGAAGCUGUCAUGAUCCUGAGGUCUCGAUUUCUUGAUGCACGGCGGAAAAGAAGAAAUUUCAACAAACAGGCUACAGAAAUCCUCAAUGAGUAUUUCUAUUCCCACCUCAGCAACCCCUACCCCAGUGAGGAAGCCAAAGAGGAACUAGCCAAGAAAUGCGGUAUCACAGUUUCACAGGUAUCAAACUGGUUUGGAAAUAAGCGAAUCCGGUACAAGAAGAACAUAGGUAAAUUUCAAGAGGAAGCCAAUAUUUAUGCUGCCAAAACGGCUGUCACUGCUACAAAUGUGUCAGCCCAUGGAAGCCAAGCUAACUCACCCUCAACUCCUAAUUCAGCUGGUUCUUCCAGUUCUUUUAACAUGUCAAACUCUGGAGAUUUGUUCAUGAGCGUGCAGUCACUCAAUGGGGAUUCUUACCAAGGGGCCCAAGUUGGAGCCAACGUGCAGUCACAGGUGGAUACCCUUCGCCAUGUUAUCAGCCAGACAGGAGGAUACAGUGAUGGGCUGGCAGCAAGUCAGAUGUAUAGUCCGCAGGGCAUCAGUGCUAAUGGAGGUUGGCAAGAUGCUACAACUCCUUCGUCAGUGACCUCCCCUACAGAAGGCCCUGGCAGCGUUCACUCUGAUACCUCCAACUGAUCUCCCAGCAACUGAGCAUCCCUGGCUGUUUCCCAUUCUGCUCCAGGCAGACUUGGGGACCGAAAGGAGAGGGGUUUUCUCUCCUGUUGAAACUGUCAGGCUGGAUCCAGAACUGACAGGCAAAUACAACAGGCGUCUACUUCUCUCUUUUGGGAUGCUUUUUCAGCCAACCUGGACACUUCUUUAUACUCUCUUCCCUUUAUUUUCUGGGUAGAAGCCACUUCUCCUUUCACCACCAUCACUGCUUAUCCUCUGCUUAUCCUCUCAUAGCAGAAUAUUUUUCAGUCUGAAGAAAAAAAAUAGCUUCUAAAAAUAUUUCUAUAUUUUCAUGACAAUUUUUUUCUCGUGCGGAAUCCAUCUUUAACAACCUGCAGUUUACCAAGCUCACACCUCCGUCUGUUUCAAUGAUGUUCUCACUACCUCUUUGCAGGAACCAGCUAAGCCCUUCAUCUUCUUUGAGCAUCAUUCCUUCUGCAUAUAAGGACAAUUGUCUUUUUCUCUGGUGAGUUGCCUUCCAGAAAUACACUGUUACAGGUUGGAUAAAUGCAGUCCUGGCUCUUCAAGGUAUGUCUGCAACAUGCCACUGCUCCUAAAAAAGAUUAAACAAAUGCUAAUCAUCCUGUUGUGCCUUGUAUCAUACCGCAGCCAUGCUGCCUGCCAUUUCCCACUGCUGCUUUUUAACUCUUCCCAUAUAAAACAGGAAAUAGGGCUGUGGAGCAUUCUUUUAUACAAAAGAAAUUGACAUUUGGUACUUAGAAUAAAACAAUGCAAAUGUAGUAAGUUAGGAUACUGAGCUACUUUUCCAUAAUUUAUUCUGGUUGCAGUAUUCAUGUUUUAAAGGUUUUGAUUUUUGUAUAAAACAUAAAUAAUAUCAGCAGAAAGGAAACUAUAUUCAGGUCAUGCACAGUGUCAAGCUCUGUGUUAUUUAGGCAUUACCCACAUAUUUUCAUAAGGGUUAGGGAUUUUUAAAAUAGAAGCAGAGUUGCUCAGAAUACUAUAUUUUAGACGAGUUAUCCUGUUCUUUAUCCGCACAUUGAAGUUGAAGAAAUGACACAAUAACCACAGUGUUUGCAUAUUUAACUUACUAGUAUCCAUUUUAUCAAUAGGGAGCAGAAAAUCAGAGCACUGCUCCUGAGAAACGAAUAAUGCUAACCUGCUGUAGUGCAUACAUAAUAAUUAUAUUGAUUGGGCUUGUGUGGCUUCACACAUUGCUUACACAUUUGUGUUUAGAUCCUUUGUAAAAUUAUGGUUGUUGUCUUGGUCUUGAGAAACGAAAGUACAGUUCAACCUGCUCUGAGUACAGGUGGAAGGGAUUGAUUUUGGCUCACAUACUGCAAUCACAGAAACUAAAAAGAUAGUUCUGCUACUGUUGAAAAUGUAUAUUGAAAAAUAUGUUUACAUAAUGGGUAUAAUCUGUACCUAUAUUUGCUAGAAAGUAAUCUAUCCACAAAACAAGAUCAGGCCUUUGCCCCAGGUGGGAAAAGGGUGGCAAAUCUCAUUUCAGUGAGGUUUUCUCAUGAAACAUCACAGUUGAUUUUGCCCCAGUUAGCAAACUGAAAGAAAUCAAUAAAAAUGUCCCUUAUCAGACAUUCAAGUGUCUUAGACCAACCUAUCUUUGGCCAUAAGAAGGUUGUGAAAUGUAUCACUGGGCCCUUCCACACAGCCAUAUAACCCAGAAUAACAAUGCAGAUAAUCCACAAUAUCUUCUUCAGACUGGAUUAUCUGAGUCCACACUGUCUUAUAAUCCAGUUCAAUGUGGAUUUUUAUGAAGCUGCGUGGAAGGGGCCUGAGAUAUACUUUGAUACCUUUGGAGGAAUGAAGUCGGUCUCUGUGUUAUUGAGGGCAAUCUACACAAGUAGGAGACAGAACUACAUUCAGCAGUCCAGCAUUUAUACUUCCAAAUGGAACUUAUUUAUCAAGGAGAUAAAGUGGAGAGUAUGAUUUUAAAAGUGUGUAAA